AUGCUUGCACACUGUAGCUUCCUGAAGACUCGUCUGAAGUGUUUCAGGUUUCCCUGUAUAUAUGGACCAGAAGAGGGCUGGGUGCCUGCCUACCCAGAAUGUGGAGAGAGAAACCAGUCACCAGUCAACAUUGUGGACCCAGAUACCAAAGUGUCCACAGAGUAUCAGGAACUGACACUGGAGGGCUUUGAUACUGAAUCGUCUAAUAAGACUUCUAUGAAGAACACCGGCAAAACAGUGGCCAUUAUGUUGAAGGAUGAUUACUUUGUUCGAGGAGCAGGCCUACCAGGUAGAUUUAAAGCAGAAAAAGUGGAGUUUCAUUGGGGUCCAAGCAACGGAUCUGAAGGCUCUGAACACAGCAUCAACGGCCAUCGUUAUCCUGUGGAGAUGCAGAUCUACAUGUACAACUCAGAUGACUUUGACAGCCUCAGCGCAGCACUCAGGGAGCGGAGGAUCAUCGCAGCCAUGGCUGUGUUUUUUCAGGUGGGAGGGAAGGACAAUCCUGCUGUCCAACCAAUAAUCCAUGGCUUGAAGGGUGUGGUCCAUCAUGAAAAAGAGACUUUCCUGGAGCCGUUUAUACUAAAGGACCUGCUGCCAUCCUCGUUGGGAAGUUACUAUCGCUACACUGGCUCUCUGACUACUCCGCCCUGCAGUAAGGUGGUGGAGUGGAUCAUCUUCAGUAGACCUAUCUAUGUGUCGUACAAACAGUUGGAGGCUUUCUACUCGAUCUUCACCACGGAGCAGCAGGACCAUGUUAAGUCAGUAGAGUAUCUGCGUAGCAACUUCCGGCCCAUCCAGAGCUUGGAUAAUCGCCAAGUCUUCAAGUCAGCAGUCAAAGACGCCUGGCUACCUGACCUGACUGUCAGCGCCAGCGGGCCGUAUGGCACGGAGGCUUCCAAAGUGUGCAGCAGUGCUCCCAUCAACAUGAAGGUGCAGCAUGUGAAUGGCAGCGCCCUGGUGGUCCGCUGGGCCCGUCCAGAGAUCACCUACCACCCGCCCAUCCUCCACUUCCUGGUGUCCUACAGCUGGACGGCCCACGACGACAGCUACGAGGAGACGCAUCUCACCGAUGCCAAACACAAACUGGAGGCCAUCAUUUCUCCCGUCUCCCCUGAUGUACUGUACCUGUUUCGAGUCCAGGCCAUCUGCAUGAAUGACAUGCGCAGUGACUUCAGCCAGAGCAUGCUCUUCAGAGCUAACACCACCAGGAUCUUUGAGGGGACAAGAAUCGUGAAAACUGGAAUGCCAACGGUCUCUCCAGCCUCCUCAGCCGACAUGGCUCCCAUUUCCUCUGGCUCAUCUACCUGGACCUCCUCAGGCAUCCCCUUCUCCUUCGUCUCCAUAGCGACAGGCAUUGGCCCAUCCUCCAGUGGUAGUCAGGCUACAGUGGCAUCUGUUGUGACCAGCACUUUACUGGCUGGACUGGGCUUCAGUGGUGGUGUCAUCUCCUCCUUUCCCAGCUCCGUUUGGCCAAGCAGAGCACAAACCCAUAAUCCCACCUCCACAUGCCAAACCACCGAACCCACCGAGCCCACCAAAGACGCCACCACCUCUGCCGCUGCUGUCACAACAGCUGCAGCCAAAGAUAAUGGUGAAGCUGGGGGUGAGGACAGGAAGAACAGCAAGGAUCAAGGAGAGGAUGGAGAGAGGGAAGGAGAGGAUAAGGAUGAAGAAGAGGAAGAAGAAGAGAAAGAUGAGAGGAAGAAGAAGAAAGAAUCAGGACAUGUAGGAAGAGCAGGGAGGAAGGACACUCCAGCAGUGAAUGAGCCACCCAGUGAGACACCAGACCCCACUGCAAAGGAGACAAAACAGACUGAACCAGAUUCGACUAAAAAAACACCUGGUGUAGAAGACCAACUGGAGGUGUAUACCUACAGUCCACUUGACACUAACCCCACUACCACCACAGAGGCAGCCAAUGAAACAGCAGCAUUCCCUGCCCCCAAGGACCCUGCAGUGACACUCACACCCAGUAUAGGGAGGGAUAAGAAGCCCUGGCCUUUCUCGAUCCACACUGACCGUCCUAAUGCAGUGACCAAUCUGACCGGCCAGCCAAGGCCCGGGUCUCGGGCAGGGCUGGGCCAUGUGGAGUGGCUGGUACCUUUGGUGGUGGUCUCAGCUCUAACCUUCUUCUGCCUCAUCCUCCUGCUGGCUGUGCUCAUCUACUGGAGGAUGAAUGCUCUCUGCUCUCUGCUCUGUAUCAAAUACAGGCGCUGUUUCCAGACAGCCCAUUUCUAUGUGGAUGACAGCAAUUCAUCCAGGGUGGUGCCCAGUGAGACAUUCCCUGCCAUCCCCAUCCCAGAUGACAUUGAAGCCAUUCCAGUCAAGCAGUUCAUCAAACACGUCUCUGAACUCUACUCAAAUAACCAACAUGGAUUCUCUGAAAAUUUUGAGGAGGUUCAACGGUGCACUGCCGAUAUGAAGAUCACAUCAGAGCACUCCAACCACCCUGACAACAAGCACAAGAACAGAUACAUCAACAUAGUGGCCUAUGACCACAGCAGGGUGAAGCUACGGCUGCUGGCUGGGAAGGACUCCAAACACAGCGACUACAUCAAUGCCAACUAUGUGGAUGGUUAUAAUAAGCCUAAAGCCUACAUCGCAGCCCAGGGACCUCUCAAGUCCACCUUUGAGGACUUUUGGCGGAUGGUGUGGGAGCAAAAUACUGGUAUCAUCGUCAUGAUCACCAACUUAGUGGAGAAAGGGCGGAGAAAAUGUGACCAGUACUGGCCGACAGAGAACAGUGAAGAGUACGGCAACAUGUUAGUCACACUGAAAAGCACCAAAGUUCAUGCCUGCUUCACUAUUCGCCAUUUCACACUGCGCAACACUAAAUUCAAAAAGGGUGGGAAGGGGAACCCUAAGGCAAGGGCCCAGAAUGAACGGACAGUGCUCCAGUAUCAUUACACCCAGUGGCCAGACAUGGGUGUCCCAGAGUACACCCUGCCUGUCCUCACUUUUGUCCGCAGGUCCUCAGCUGCCCAGAUACCUGAUAUGGGACCCAUGCUUGUUCACUGCAGUGCUGGAGUGGGUCGGACAGGGACAUACAUCGUCAUUGACAGUAUGCUGCAGCAGAUCAAAGACAAGAGCACAGUUAAUGUACUGGGCUUCCUCAAACACAUACGCACCCAGCGCAAUUACCUAGUCCAGACUGAGGAGCAGUACAUCUUCAUCCACAACGCCUUAAUGGAAGCUAUUUUGGGGAAGGAGACGGAAAUGACAGCUAGCAAGCUUCACAGCUACUUCACCAGCAUCACAACACCAGGACACAAUGGCCGGACACGUCUGGAUAAACAGUUCAAGCUGGUAACACAGUGCAAUGCCAAAUUCAUCGAAUGCUUCAAUGCUCACAAAGAGCGCAACAAAGAGAAAAAUCGAAAUUCCUCUGUUGUGCCAUCGGAGCGAGCGAGGGUUGGCCUGGGACCUCUGCCUGGCAUCAAAGGCACGGAUUACAUUAACGCCUCUUACAUCAUGGGUUACUACCGGAGUAAUGAAUUCAUAAUUACCCAGCAUCCUCUGCCCCACACCACAAAAGACUUUUGGAGAAUGAUCUGGGACCACAAUGCACAAAUUAUUGUUAUGCUACCUGCCAAUCAUGGACUGGCGGAGGAUGAGUUUGUGUACUGGCCCAGUCGGGAGGAGGCCAUGAACUGCGAGGCGUUCUCUGUCACUCUCAUCAGUAAAGACCGACUCUGCCUGACCAACGAGGAGCAGAUCAGCAUCCAUGACUUCAUCCUCGAAGCUACACAGGAUGACUAUGUAUUAGAGGUUCGUCAUUUUCAGUGUCCCAAGUGGCCGAACCCUGAUGCACCUAUCAGCAGCACCUUUGAGCUCAUCAAUGUCAUUAAAGAGGAGGCGGCUAUCCGCGAUGGACCAACCAUCGUCCAUGAUGAGUUGGGAGCAGUGUCAGCUGGCAUGUUGUGUGCCCUCACCACCCUGUCUCAGCAGCUGGAGAGCGAGGGCAUUGUCGAUAUCUAUCAAGUGGCCAAGAUGAUCAACCUCAUGAGGCCCGGAGUCUUUACAGACAUUGACCAGUACCAGUACCUAUACAAAGCUCUACUCAGCCUUGUCAGCACCAAGGAAAACAGCUCUGGACUUCUGGCCAGGAACACUAACGGGACUAUGGUGUCCAUGUCCAACCAGUCCGACCAGACGGAAAGCUUGGAGUCUUUGGUGUGAGAGAGGCCCUUCAGAGGCCUGGAGCUGAGCUGAGGGCAUCCUGUGGGUGCAAACACCCUUCAAGGUCCCUGAACCCACAAAGGAGGCACUUAACUUUGUAAAACGUCAAGGAACUAUUGUGGACAAGACUUUUUGAGGCCUUUUUUGCCAGACUCUUGGUUAAAAUGAAUAACCUGAUUACUUUUUUACACUGAUAAAAAUUUUUUGAUAUUUAUUUUUUCUCGCCAUUUUAUGUCUUAAAGUUCUCCUACUGAAGGGUUUGCACCUGCGUUUUUAAGUUUCACAACGAGGCAACGAGAAACACUUUUCUGUCUUUUCUUGUUUGCACUAUACUGUAUAAUGUCAGUGUUACUGCCUUUACUAAAGCUGACUCACUUUGCUUUUCUCCACUUGAGCUCUGAUUUUUUUUUUUGACAUUCCACAGCUUUGGCCAUUAUUAAACCAACUGCUUAUGUGAAGGACAUUUUUCUGCCUGCCACCUACCAGUUAAUUGAAGGUACUGGAUGGAGGAAGGCAUGAACUCUCAGCCUCAGUGACAAAAUGCUGGUCGACUUAAGCUCAGUAUAACCUCCUCUACCUUGUUCAUCUAUAAUACUCAUAUUACCAAUCAUUGAUCACAGGAACCGAAAUCUUGGAAUCUAUUGCCAGAGACAAGUAGCGCUUGUUUUCUAAAAGUAAUUUCUUCUGCAACUUUUUUCGUUUUUUUGCCUUGUUUUAUUGUCACUCUCUCGCUUAUUAGCGAGUCACUCUAAUGUUAGAUUACCUAAGGUGGUGUAACAACUGCUACUGUGAACUUUUAUUAUUAUUUCUUUGUAUAAUUCAUAUUAUGCUUUUUAAUAUGUGGAAAUACUGUAUGUAU